UUUAAAGUUUCUUUGGUUAAAGGAAAAAUGUCUUGCUUAGGGUCCAUUUGGAGCGUCUAGGUGGAGUUGGAAACGGUGCGUUUUAAUCCCAGAUCACAGAGAAAAACGACAUCGUAACGCCACACUAGUAACUCUGUGUUACGCCUUUGCCCACUUUCCCGGCGAUCUGCUCAACUCCGAUGGGGCGAUUCUUUUCGGUAGCUGAAAAGAUUGGAGGCAUUGAUUUGCUUAUGGUUUAAUUAUCUGCUUUAAUGCAGCUUCCACCGAAAGAGUUUAUUCUAGGCAGAGACGACGGCCAACUUCAUGCGAUUUCUGUUGAUGAGGAGGAUAAGAGGGAGAAGUAUAUGAAGUUUUCAAUUAAUUGAAUUUCUGGAUGCUGCUGCUUCUUCCUUUUCAUCAUUAUAUAUUUCAUACUGCAUUUAGGAGGCAACCCAAAAUUCUACUUCGUAAAGUUGCCUCUUGGAUGAAAUUGUGCAACUCAAACUAAGAAGUUGUUAUUAUGCGUGAAGAUGUACUUGAGCAAUGCAACAAGAUAGCAUUUGGUGGUUGUUACUCCUACACGACUUGAUUCAUUUACUGGAAUUGGAAUCUAGAGGUUGUGACAUUAGUGAGCAAAUUAUACAGGAACUUCAGUUGGAUCAAAUAUCUGAAUCAGUUUCAAGAGAUAUUAUUGGAUUAUGUGCUGAUGCCACAGCUGGCUUGUUCUAUGCAUACGAUCAAAAUUCUACAUUUCAGAAACUAGAUAAUCUUGCAAAGGAUGAUAAGUGCCAGUCAACAGUGACUUCAGUGUGGGCAACUGAACUAUACUUGGACAAGGUUUGUAAGUGCAAAAUCUUAAUUGUGGGUAUGGACUACCACAUCUCAUGCCUGUACUUAAGAGGACCAAUGGGCUCCCUUCUAUGUAUUUCCAUGUGGCAUGCCUUCCAUGAACAAUGCUUGAUUGCCCAUUUGACAAGUCAUACCAACAAAACUCAGGCAACAUAUAGUAUCCAUGACACUUGCAAAUUCAGAAUCUGACACUUGGAAAUGUGACUUCCAGAGAGAUUUUUCUGACAAACUGCCAGUAUGGUGAAGUUCAAUAACAUUGCUUUUCUGUGAAGAUGGAUGAAAAACAAAAACAGUAUGCCUAUGAUAGUUCGGGGCCCAAACAUCUAAGACAAAUUUCUUCAGCUCUACGGGAUUCGAAUAUGUAAUUGGGCAAUAAUUGUUGAGCAAAACUAAAUACAGUUUAUUGGCCCAACCAAGUACAGUUCAUAUUUGAACUGACUAAUUUCUGCAAUUCUUUAUGAGAAAAAAACAGCAUGAAAUAUGCAGCAGCCUGCUGCAGUCAACAUUGUACUUCAAUUAUUGUACGACUAUGCUCUCAUGUUCUGCAAUCUUCUGGUAUAUGCACCAUAAGAAAUCCCAUGAAGGGCAUAACUAAAUAAUGAAACAAUAAAUUGAACUGCAAGCUUAGUACAAGCACAUUUGCGUGGCCUAAGAUUUACGAUGACUUUUGUUUAAGUUUUUUUUAUUGUCAUCUCUAACUGAGUUGGGUUUUGUAUUUAGCUUAUCAUAAAACUAUCCUGCACAGCUUCUUACUCUGCUUUAUAUCAAUGAAACAUAUCUCUGCGCCAUCUUUUAGAAUGAACUCCAAUUCUGGAAACUCUUACCACCAAUCAAAUUUUCUUCCUUCGGGUAUUUGAAUGGAUGAUGCAGGCUGAUUAUAUACUGGAUCUGCAGAAGCAACUUACUUUACUGGGUGAGGGAACUAGGAAAGACUUGAAUGGUGGAAUAACGUAAGAUUCCAUUGCUAGCAAAACCCCUGUAGAUAAGGUCAGUUCUAUGUUCUUCUGAAGCAAAAUCUAUUAUGGUAAUAUGGAGUAGUUUGUUAUAACUCGAGGAAAAAAUUUCCUGCAUUGCUGUACAUUAACUACAGUGGCAGUUUAUUACGUCUUUUGUAGUUUGUCUGAGCCUCAUCUCUUCUCUGGUGUGUAUUUUAAAUCCCGUUGGAAUUUGCAGCUCGGCUCACAGUUGAUGAUGCAAAUAGCCAGCAAUUGCCCAUUUCACGGUGAGUUGAUGAUCAAAAUGUUCUCCUUGCCACUACUCUCCCUGGGGAAGCACGGUUGGUAGGUUCAUGGGAUAAAACCACAUAACCUGGGAAACCAGAGGACGCCCUAUUUAUAGGUGUAAUAAUAUUACCUGUGUGUGAUUUCAAAAGCCAGUGUGCGUGUGGGGAGCUUCGAUGCCUGUAAUGUGGCUCUCUCACCGUCUCGUUUUGAAUUGGGUUAUGAAGGAGAGCAUCCCCAUUUCCUUGUAAACCUUUUAAGUUCUUCUUAGGCAGCACCAUUAGUUCUCAAUAAUCAUGAUUUAUCCCUUCUGAUUGUUCAAGAUUUCUGAAAGCACAAGCAAAUAUAUGAACUUUUAUCACU